GUGUCAGCUGUGUGUGCUAAUGAAUAACAAGGUGUUAGAGUCACACUAAUGCGAAAGCUUAUUGCACCUUUGCGAAUGUAUAUAAUUUAUAUAAUAUAUAUAUAAGUUGUGGUAGCCCAUUAAAGCAAACCGUGUUGUACGAGCCCCACUUUAAAUGUUAUCAGUCGGUUUGUCUCCUCAGACAUUCACCCCAUUUAGAAUUAACAGACCUGUAUGAUUUGUGACACACCGAGACGUCAUUUUGCUUCGGGUUUGCAGGUGUGUUUAUUGUGAGCACGAGCUAAACUUUCCAAGUAGCCUCGUAUAAACACGACGAAGACAAACGUCAGUUAGAACUUGGCAUCCUGCUGCUAUGGGAAGUAAGCAAGAUAAAUAAACAAAUGGAAAAGAAAUGGAAGAUUGUUCAAGUGCUCCCGUAUCCCCUGUGGAUAGUUUAGUGACCAGUGAGGAGGAGUUGGACAGACAACAGCAGAGACUUGGAAAGAAACGGAGAUGCAGCAAAAAGUUUAGUGAAGACAGCAGCCACAGUUCAGGAAAGCGGGGAAAGAAGCCGAGUCCCAGCGCCACCCAGUCCUACGAAGAACUCCAAAAACAGCGAGUCCUGGCUAACGUCAGGGAAAGGCAAAGGACUCAAUCACUCAAUGAAGCCUUUGCAUCCUUGAGGAAAAUUAUCCCAACUCUGCCCUCCGAUAAACUCAGUAAGAUCCAGACACUCAAGUUGGCUUCCAGAUACAUAGACUUUCUCUAUCAGGUCCUGCAAAGCGACGAGAUGGACAGCAAGAUGUCCAGUUGCAGCUAUGUGGCUCAAGAGCGGCUCAGUUACGCAUUUUCAGUGUGGCGGAUGGAAGGCGCUUGGUCAAUGUCUGCAUCCCACUAGCAACAAAGUCAUUCAUGGUAUGCCAAAGGGACUGUUUUUACUUUCUGAAGAAGAUAAAAGGAUUUAUUGAACAACCUAAAGAACCUCAAAAAGAUGGUCACGAGACUCCACAGGACAGAAGCUCUCGUGUCAGAAUACUUACAAAAACAACCACCAACAACGACAACUACAACGACAAACCUAAAUGUGUUGAUGUCUCCUGCAAACAUCUUUACAAAUCCUGAAGAAUUUAAAUUUUUAAUACCGGUAUGAUGAUUCAGGAAAACUUCCACCUUUUUUGUAUAUAUAUAUAUAUAUAUAUAUAUAUAUAUAUAUAUAUAUAUUGUACUUUUGUCUUGCUUUUGUUAAUAUAAAUGUACAAACAAAUCGAAAUAUUGUACAUAACUAUUGGUGUUUCUUGGCUUUCUUUCAAAAGGAACAAUGCAAUCAGAAAGAAACCCGAAUUCUCAAAAUAUGCUGCAUGGACGCUUGAAACCUUUUUUUUUUUUUUCCUCAGCUUUUCUAUUCUGUAGUCUAUUCGGGUUAGUAUAAAUGCUGCUCGUUUUUUUAUUUAUUAAAAAUAUUUUUUAUCAA